AUGACCGACUUGAAGCUCUUUGCGUUCGUGAACGAGCUGGCGGGUGAUCGCGACGCGCUCGUCUCUACGAGUCGCGAGGUGCUACGUCUUCUUAGCAGAAGCGACGAUCGUGUGGUACUGUAUCUACCGUUCCUGUCUAGCAGAUGCAGGUUCGGCGUGUACUCGUCUCUUCCAGUGGAAUUGCAAUCUCUGCAGAAGACGGCGGUUCUGGAGAUCCACAGUCCGGCGGCGCGUAAUGCGUUGAGUGGGAAAAUGAUGGCGGAGCUGGCAGAUGCUGUGGCGGUUCUGGAGGAUCCUGAAAUCCAUAACAAGCUGAACACGGUGGUGCUCAGGGGAACUGGCGGUUGGUUUUGUGCUGGGGCGGACUUGAAAAUCGCGCAGCAGGACAUGACGUCGCCAGAAGCGGGGGCUGCAAUGAGCCAACUGAUGACCGAUACACUGACGAGAUUCAGACGUCUGCCGUUGAUCAGUGUCGCGUGUAUUGAAGGCGGCGCAUAUGGCGGCGGAGCUGAGCUGGCCACUGCGUGCGACUUCCGCAUCUUUGAAACAAAAGCGGUGAUCCAGUUCGUGCAAACUCGCAUGGGCGUGUCACCUGCGUGGGGUGGAGGUGUGUGGCUGUAUAAAACUGUGGGGCGGCAAGAUGCACUGAGACUAUUGUGUACGGCUGAAAAGUUGUCGGCGCAACGGGCGUUGGGGCUGAAGCUUGCGGACUUUACUUUUGACGCGACAAGUGAUGGUGCUGGUGCAGCUAUCUGCAGCUUCGUUACUCCCUUUGAUGCAAUUACGCCAGCGGUUUCUCACGGUGCAAAACGCGUCAUUAACAGUGCGGACGACAUGAAUAUGGAUGCUAUAGUUUCGUACGAGCAUGACGUAUUCAAGUCGCUUUGGGGUGGACCGGCUAAUCUAAAGGCGCUCGAAGGUGCUCUCAAGAAUAAAGCACAGUAA